UUUGUGAAUGUGUGUACAGGGAUUUGUUGCACCCGACACCUCAGUUCAGCAUUGAUACUUGAUGCUGUCUAUCAGAAAAGAAUAUAUAAAGUCAUUCCUGAAACUUUAGGGUUGUAAGUUAGAGGCCAGCUUUAAAGUUUUAGAAGAUUCAAUUUUACAAAUACAGGAAGCUGGUCUCCUUUUAACUCCCAUACUGAUAAGUGUUGGCUUGCACCAAAAUUGAUCUUAUUUGUAUCUAUUUUGAAGACUAUUUUGAUAUUUAUUGCCUUUUUUCUGUGUGAGGAGGUAAUUUUUAUUUUAAACUAGAGCAGGGAUCCUUCUUUUUUUAAUAUUAAAUAUGAAUUGUGAAUAUUUUUUGGCAUGAACAAAAGUAAACGUAACCAAAACUAACAUUUUUUUGUCCUUAGCAGUCUUACAUGGCUGAGUUUUGCUAUUUUAGUUUGGGGUAGUCUUAGUUUGUGAGCUUUAUUUAUUUGUUUUCUUAGGUAUGUUUGGCCAAUGAGAAAGAGAUAAAUGAGCCACAGGUUGGAGACCCCUGAACUAGAGGUCAGCAUCAUCCAGACGGGGAAUUUCUCUGGUGCCACCAACAUCUGCUUUGGAUCUCUGGGUGAAACUCGACGAGGACUGAGAGGAAAUCUUCAACCGUCGAAUCGGGGUGGAUCACUCGCUCAAAAUACAGACCAGACGCCAAAACACUCACUGGGAGGACCACGGAGGACCCCGGAGGACCCCAGAGGACCCCAGAGGACCACAGAGGACCACGGAGGACCACAGAGGACCACAGAGGACCACGGAGGACCGCGGAGGACCGCGGAGGACCCCGGAGGACCACGGAGGACCACGGAGGACCCCAGAGGACCCCGGAGGACCCCGGAGGACUACAGAGGACCCCGGAGGACUACAGAGGACCACAGAGGACCACGGAGGACCACGGAGGACCACGGAGGACCGCGGAGGACCGCGGAGGACCGCGGAAGACCACGGAGAACCACGGAGGACCCCGGAGAACCCCGGAGGACCCCGGAGGACCACGGGAGACAAUUUUACCAUCAGGGACAUCAGAUGAAAACAGCUCUUGAGGUAAUUCUGGUGGAUUAACAGGAAUGCUUUUUAAUGUGGAAUGUCUGUCAAAUAAAUGAAUAAAUUAAAAAAAUGAUGGACAAAAGUCAUCAUCUAAUCAGCAAUUUCCCUCAGUACCUAUUUUACUUUUUUAAGUUACACUUUGACAUUUGGAAAUUACUUUUGUUUUAUUAUUUUAAAUUAUUUUCUUUUUUUUUAUUGUGUUUUGGUUUCAGAAUUUUUUUGUUUUUAUUUCUAAUGUGUGAUUUUGCUUUUCCUUAUUUCUAUUUUUAAUUGUUUUUAUGAUCUUUAAUGUGUUUUUGCGUUGCUGUGAUUUGUCCUUCUGGGCCACCGUACCAGAAGAUAACUACAAUAAAGUUUAUACACAUAGAAGAGAAUUUAAAUGAGAAUAAAUUUAUCUUGUUUACAACAUAAUUACAUGUAUGGAGGGUUAAAACGGCUUCUUUACAAUUAAAUGAAAAAAUCUUUAUUUGUCAUUUUUUCUUUUUAAUUACAUUACGUUUUCUGUUUGCUGAUGAUUUUUGGAAAAACACUUGAAGGCUCAUAAAUAGAGGAUCUAAUCUAAAGGUUACAAUUCUCACUUCAUGGAUUUAGAUCAUCUGAACAGCUUAAUCAGACUCCCAAAUCAAAUAUUUUUCUCCACAACUAUUGUCUCUUUUUUAUACAUGAUAUUUCAAUACAUGAGAAUAAAUCAGAGUUUUUGCAAACACUUAAUCUGCAGAAAGACAAAUAUCUGUAGAAACCUGCAGCAGCGUGCACACAGAUCACUUCGGUGAAUCAACUCCAGUAACAGCUGCCGCUUCCAAAGUUAAUAGAAAUGUUUUCUUCUGGGUGAUUCAUCGCUCAACAAGCACAAAUCAGCAAACACAAGGCAGAGCUGAAAGAACAAAGAAGAACAAAAUAUGUCAUUCAAUCUGAUUAUGUGCAGGUUUGAACCUCGAAGACACACCGUCUGCAUGGAUGACCCCCUCCUGCUUCACUCUAAACCCCCCCGGACAUCACAGCGUUUUCAGCAUAUGGAGAUGCUGUGAGGAACGAAGCAUUUCCCCUCAGGAAACAUUUUCCACAAAACAAACCUCAAUAACUUUCACACUGUGCACCUUUUCCCCACUCAGUUUCUGUGAAUCCUCGGGGGGGUCGAAAUAAACUUCCAUUAAAGUCAAGUAAUGACGUCUCAGUUAGACUGAAAGUAUAGAAACAGAUCAGAAAUCAGCUGUUGUGUUGCCGUCUUUGUGUCCUCCGAUUGCUAGGCAACUGAGAGUCAAAAAUGUCAUCUUCUUUAGCUGCAAUAAUUAUUUUAGCUUUACUGACUCCCAGUGACAGCCUCCUUUAAUUAUAAUGAGGAUAAGAAGACACGGCGACUGCUCAAGUUCUCCGACCUCCUGGUCUGCAGUAAAAGCUAUUAGAAUACUUUACAUGUUCUAUAUUUAGGUAGUAUUGUAAGUUACCUAAUCAUAAUUAAUCAAAUGUUGACGUUUCUGGGUGAAGAACGGAACAUGUCCACAUUGGGUUUGACUCCAUAUUUUUAAGGAGAAAUACAAUAAUUGAGACAUUAAAGAGGCUAAAUUAGUUUGUCUUUUAAAGACUUUAUUUUUUGGUUUAUUAUCUAUUAGUUUCAUUGAUCCAUCUAUUACUAAUCUGGGAAAGUCACAGAGUUCUUGAAGGG